AUGGUUGAAAAAACAACAAUAACAAUGAAUUGUGGCAAGAUUAUCUUCUACAUUGUCUUGAUUAUAUUUAUUAUCCAUGUUGAAAUUUCACUUGGAGAAGGCAUGGGUAUAAAUAGUGAUUUGCUAAAAAAAUUAAUAAUUGCAGCAUCAAAAAAUGAUGACUGUUCACGUCGUAUAACAAUUCAGCAUCCAAUACCAAUGCGUUAUCGUCGUGUUCCAGGAAAAGAUAAAUUUCCAUGUGUGAUAAAAAUGAGAUCGAAUGACAUAGAUAUUAAUACAGUAUGUAAUAUUGUCGUAUCUGUAAUACCAUCGGAAGAAGAACAUUAUAAAUUAUUAUUAGAUCUCGAACAUCAACAUGAAAUUGAUAUUUGGAAUGAAUUAAUUCGUAAUGGUUCCGUUCAUAUCAUGUUUCAUCAACAAAAAAAACCACAGUUGAUGUCACUUUUUCAUUCAUUAAAUAUGAAACCAACAAUUUUAAUUAAUGAUGUGCAAAAAAUACUCGAUGAAGAAGAACAAACUCUUCUGGCACACGCUCGAUCACGUGUAGCACCCGGAAUCCAGGACACUUUUCAUAAUUAUGAUCAACUUACUACUUGGCUAAAAGAGAUAGUAAACAGUCAUUCAACUCUUGCAACACUUCUGUCCAUUGGUAAAACAUAUGAAAAUCGAGAUAUUUGGCUUGUUAAACUCACUUCUAAUAAUGGGCAAGCAAAGAAAAAAAUUUUCAUGGAUUUCGGUAUCCAUGCACGAGAAUGGAUUUCACCAGCAACAGGUGCCUACAUAAUUAAUGAGUUGUUAACAAAAUAUGCAACAGGUGGUGAUGCUAAAACAAUUCUAGAUACAUGGGAAUUACAUAUAGUUCCUGUUCUUAAUCCUGAUGGUUAUGCUCAUUCACAUUCGACAGCACGUAUGUGGCGUAAAAAUCGAAGACCAACUAGUGGUACUUGUAUUGGUGUUGAUCUUAAUCGUAACUUUGGCCAUAUGUGGAAUACAGGGGGUAGUUCAUCUAAUCCAUGUGAUGAUACAUAUCAUGGUGGUUCAGCAAUGAGUGAAAAUGAAGCUAAAGCACUUCAAAAUUAUAUGACUAAUAAACCUUGGGACACAUAUCUCACAUUUCAUUCUUAUGGACAGGGUUACACAACAGCUGAUCCACCUAAUUUUAAUCUUCUUAAAUCCAAAGCUAAAGUUAGUGCCGAUGCUAUUCGAAGUGUCAACGGACGAGUAUAUACAAUCGGUUCAUCAGCACAACUACUUUAUGUUGCCAGCGGAGGUAGUGAAGAUUGGACAGCAGGUAAACUCAACAUCUUUUAUUCAUAUUGCUACGAAUUACCACCAACAGGUGGUACUGGAUUUCUUGCACCUAUAAGCGAAAUUAAGAAAACAGGUCAUGAAACUUACAUCGGUCUUGUGGCUUUUUUGAAAACAUUUUAA